AUGUCGGAGCGUAUGCGGGAGUUUGUGGAAGAACCCAUUGCAUUUUUGAACGAAGGAACACAGUUUCUGAAUCGAUGCACGAAGCCGGAUAAGAAGGAAUUCAUCCAGAUCUGCCGCGCUGUCGGCUUGGGAUUUGUCAUUAUGGGCUUGAUUGGCUACAUGGUCAAGCUCAUUCACAUCCCUAUUAACAACAUCCUUGUGUACGUUACAUGCCUCUAA